AAUAGGACCCAGAGGGGCUUAAAUUCGAUUAUCCCUGGGGUGUGGCCUGCUGAGACCUCUGGGGCCACAAGAAUCAGCCCUGAAGGGAAAAAGGAAGAAGCAACAAAAAUGGUGAGAAUUCCGACACAGCACAUCCCUGAACCACAGCCGUAAUGGUCGUUUUCGAAAGUGCCCAUCUGGGAUCCACUUCCUCCCAAGAGCUCACAGCAAAAGCGCCAGAGCCAGCUGUGCCCCUGGAGGCUCGCAUCCAUGGAAAGAUGCCUCACGGUCCUGCAGGUGAGCCUGCACCACCCCACCCAGGGCCCCGCCGUCUUCGCAACUGUCCCCCUGAGGCUGCAGCACCACACCAGCCUGCUGCUGCUGGGGUGGGGCCUGGACACCCACUUCCGGUUGCAUCUCCCUCGCCUAUCCCACCAGCACCUGUCCCUGGAGCCCUACCAGGAGAAGGGCAGUGCAGCGCUGGCCUUCAACCUCAAGGCCCUGAAUCGCAGGGGCCGAGUGUGGGUCCACGGGCUGAUGCUGAGAUUCCCAGAACAGAUCCCCCUGGGCACCAUCAACAGAGUCCCGGCCUUCUCCGGCAUCCAGAUGGUGGUCUGUGUGGAGGGAGGCGCCUCCCUGGAGGCCUUUGUCUGCUGCUUCCGCAGCCCCUCGCCCCUGAUUUGCAGGCCCAAGGCUGAGGAGACUGACGAAUGGGAAGACAUCCCGGGGGAGCCACCUGCCCCAGGUUCAGAGCGACUGGCUCCAGGCCACCUGGGCUUUCUCCGUGGCCCUUCCCAGACUGGGGACAGCUCACCCCAGCCAAGCAUGGGAGGAGGCCCAGAAAUACAGCUCCAGAGGGAGCCCGCAGACGGCGCGCUCUGCUAG